ACAUGUUUGUUGUUGGAAGUUUUCAGACAUGGCUGGAGCCGAUAUUGAUCUUUAUGCUGGUGUUGGAGAGUUAGAUUCUGAUUUAAAUCAGUCUGGAGUAUCUUCAGGAUUUGGUGGAGAUAUUUAUGAAGAUGUUUUAGCUACCUCUGCUAGCCAACCACCAACACAUCAACAACAAUUUGUUCCUGGGCCACCUGAAGUCAGUGCAAGUGGCACGUAUGAGUACAAGUCAUUCACAACUAUUCAUCCAAAAUCUGCUCAAGCGCAAGCAGCUGCCUCACAGAUACCUGAUAAACCAAAAGGAAAACCUCUUUACGUUGGAAACUUCACAUGGUGGACGACUGAUCAACAACUGGAAGAUGCACUGCAAGAGUGUGGCGUCACAGACAUUGUUCAAAUUAAGUUUUUUGAAAACAGAGCAAAUGGUCAAUCAAAGGGGUAUGCUUUGGUCGAACUGGGUUCAGAUGUCUCUGUUAGAUUGGUUAGUGAAAAAUUACCUCUAAGGGAAAUCAACGGUCAGACGCCUGUAGUUACUCCCGCUACUAAAACACAUUUACAACAAUUCGAGGUCACUGCCAGAAAAAUCAACCCGUCAUUAAACAGUCAUCAAGACAAUGAUGCUGGCGCGGGUCGUGGAUUUGGUCGUGGUUUUCGUGGCCGUGGUGGAAUGCGUCCUGGUAUGGGUAGAGCUACAGAGUUGGCUCCGCCUGAUAUGGCUAUAGCUACACCAUGGAUGCCCCCUGGAGUUCCUAUAAUACGUGGACCACCACCUGUGAUACCUGGGAUGAUAACUCCCCACGGAGAAAAACUACCACCUGGAAUGGCAAUACCUGCAAGUAUGGGUGGUCCUCCCCCUCCGAUGGGCAUGAUAAUGCCUAUUCCUGGAGACCAUGGUUUACCAAAACCUCAAGUCGCUCCUCAUUUUAAUCCAGCAUUUUUCCCCCCUGAAGGAGCCCCGCCCGAUCCUAUGAUGCCUGGAAUGGUGCCCCCAGGACCCAGAUUCGAAGGUGAUUUUAUGGCGCGUGGUAUACCUCCUGACAUGUAUGGGCAAUUUCCCAGACCUGGUGGAGAUUUCGACGAAUUGACAAGACAAAAUCAGAUAUUGACAAGCAACUCCAUCAAGAAGGCGAUGGUAGAUUCUACUGCAGGUCAACAUGAGAUCGCCAUCGAAACUUUAGUUCAAGCAAUUUCAAUCAUAAAACAGUCUCCAGUUGCUCAUGAAGAAACCAGUCAGAUACUCGUUCAAUCUCUUCAAGAUUGCUUGCAAGGAAUUGAACAACAGAUGAUUUCAAGCUCCGCUAGUGAUAGAGCAAAGUCGGCUAAACGUGAAUCACGUCGCUAUAGUGAUGACGAUAAUGGGGAAGGCGAACGUCGACGAAGAAAAAGAAGGUCAAGGUCGGGCUCUCGAUCACGCAGCAGACGGUCUAGAUCACGUGAUCGCCGUUCCAGAUCCCGUGAUCGUGAAAAAUAUCGCAGUAGACGUUAAAUACUGAGUGGCCUGCAUCAGAUUGUUAUAUCAACGGUUAUAGAGUGCUGCGGAGUUAGUCUGUAAAGCUGAUCGAUGCCAAAACUAGAACAACUUACGUUGCCUUGUGUAGUACAAUUGUACGCUUCUCGACUACUUUAUUCCUGAUUGUCAUCCGUGUACAGCUCGUCAACGAUUAAAACUGUUUUUUAGCGAAUGACAAAAAAGGAACUCCCUUUGCUUCAUUUGAAGACAGUUUUCACUAGGCCGAGUUCCGAAGACAAAAAUUCCGUUUGCAAAAUUUUGUCUAUAGUGCAUGGAAAAGCCUAAGUGUAUUUUUUAAUAGUAGAAUAUAAUUAGGACGUGAGCCAUAAUUGUGUCGUUUUUAUCACUUUCAAAAAUGGCAAAAUAACUCGAAAAGAAAAUAGAAUUUGCUUUAUCAAUCUGUACUUAACGCGUGUCCCUUGUUUUUAAUAAAGUGAGAAU